GUUAUUUCUUAUUAUAUAUUUUCAAUGCUCUGUCUGUUUAACAUACACGCCUUCAUCUACGCGAUUCACCCUAACCAACCACCUCUCAUUCUCUCUCUAUGCGAUGUUAUAAUGAUUCUUCUUCUUCUUCUUGUUUUGUCUGAAUAGAAAUAGAAAAUAGAAUAGAAUAUAGUAGAUUACUGAAACCGGGUCGGGUUAACCGGGUAAAGCGGGUAACCGAAGUAACAGAGUGAUGAUGUUCACGUCUCACCUUCUUCCAUCAUAAUCCAUUAUUAUUUCUUGAAUCAAACUUCACUCAAUCUUCAUCAAAAACAGUAAUAAUGACGGAAGUUCUUCAAUUCCCUUCACCUUCAAGCUGUUCAUCUACUCUCAAUGAUUCAUCUCACCAAACUUCUCUUAUUAGUCUCAAUCCCAAUCAUGAUCUUUUUCAGAUUCAACAACAAGAAGAAGAAGAACAAGAACAAGAAGAAAAAGAACAAGAAGAAAAAGAUCAACUUUCUAUUUUGACACUUUUGAUUGCUACUUUUAGAAAAUCUUUGAUUGGUUGUAGCAGCACUGGUGAAAUUUCAUCUUCUUCAAUGGAAAUUGGUUGGCCUUCUAAUGUUAGACAUGUUGCUCAUGUUACUUUUGAUCGUUUUCAUGGUUUUCUUGGUUUACCUGUUGAAUUUGAACCUGAAGUUCCAACUAGACCUCCAAGUGCUAGCACAAGUGUUUUUGGUGUUUCAACAGAAUCUAUGCAGCUUUCUUUUGACGCCAGAGGAAAUAGUGUACCUACAAUACUGCUGUUAAUGCAAAGACAUCUCUACGCACUAGGAGGCCUGCAGUCUGAAGGAAUCUUCAGAAUUAAUGCUGAAAAUAGUCAAGAGGAGUUUGUGAGGGCACAACUGAACAGAGGAGUUGUACCGAAUGGCAUUGACGUGCACUGCUUGGCAGGUCUUAUAAAGGCUUGGUUCAGAGAACUUCCAACCGGGAUAUUGGACCCUCUUGAUCCGGAGCAGGUGAUGCAGUCCCAAUCAGAAGAAGAAUGUGCUCAGCUUGUGAGCCUUCUUCCUCCAACAGAAGCUGCCCUCCUAGAUUGGGCAAUUAACCUAAUGGCAGACGUUGCUCAGCUGGAACAUUUGAACAAGAUGAAUGCACGUAAUAUCGCAAUGGUUUUUGCACCAAACAUGACUAACAUGGUAGAUCCUUUGACUGCUCUGAUGUACGCUGUACAAGUCAUGAAUUUCCUCAAGACUCUAGUAGUGAUGACACUGAAAGAAAGAGAGGAGUCUAUCACAAAAUCAAACCCUAUCUCAAACCUAAAUUCUUUUGAUGAUGACGCGCAUCAGAGCGAUUCACAAGUGCUUUUCAAGGAUGACAGUGAAUACGGAAAUGAUUGUAGCGACGAUGACACUGUUUUUGUCACUGCCGAACCUUCGCAACAAAGCCCUACUUAUCUUUUUAAAGAUGACUGUGAAACUGAAUCCGAAACUCUGCCAACAUCUACAGAAAAUUUUAUUUCAAGUGGAAAUAGGUUGCUGGUUGACAGUUGUCCGUGCAGCGUUGUCUCUCAAAUUUGCUCUCUGGCAAUUGCGGAUCAAACAAAAAAUUGCAACAGCAAAAGCCUUCAGUUGAAUACUUCUGAUACAGCAGGACCAGUGGAGAAGAACAGGGGAAUUGCGCUUAUUGGACGAAUAAAUUCAAGAUCUGAGUGGGCUGAAGCUUGGCGUUGAACAUGAUAAGUCGUAUGUUUUUUUCUUAAUCAAGCUGUCUAGGGGACGGGAUGGAUGACAAGAAAAAUGGUACUCAAAUAAUAUUUCUGCAUAAAAGUUGCAUCAUUGCUGAUGUCGCAUAGUGGAGUCAUUGCAUAAGGCCCUUCUGCGAAUGGAAAGGAAUGGAUGGGAUGACAAGUGUGUAAAGGGGUCGGUGUUCGCGUUACCACGUUUUGAAAAUGUCUAGUAGUGAUAUGUUGUGUGUUUUUCUGUCAAAAUUCUUAACCGUGUUCUUCAUUCUAUUUCAUUAGCCAUGCAAUUCAGACUUCUAACUUUUGUUUCUUUUGGGUCCCUGAAAUGUAGAUUGUUGUAGAGUUUGAUGAAUCUGGAGAAUUGUUACUCUCUUUCA